UUAAUAACGGACAUGUUUUGUUAUUUAUCCCCUUUUGCGAUGGUAUAUUAAUUAUGAUAGUUUUCAACCCACGUUUCGAUUUUCAAGAAGUAAUGAAAUGAUAAUUAUAGACAGCCAUCGCGAUGCAGUAAUGCUGGUAAUGACGGAAACAUUUGUUUAGAUCGCGAAGCAGGUCUUGAAACUACGAAAACGCAAACUCAUAAAAAGUUCGUGUUUAAAAGUAAAGUGUUUAAAAGUAAGUGUUCUAAUACAGCGACCUUGUAUCGAAACAAGCGCGGAUAAGAUCAGUUGACGAUACGUAAGUUUAUGCCGAGUGGCCUUUGCAGGUGGUAGAUUGUCUGAACGAUUUCAUUCUCGAUUUUGUAACAUUCGCCAAGACAAUGGACAACGAAAAUGCAGCAUUGCUAAAGUUUAUACCAUUACGAAGCUUCGUCCAUAAUGAUUUCUGGCAUAAGUAUGUAGACAUCAAAUUAGAUAUAGAUCGCUUAGAUGCUUCCAGGAGGAAAAUAUUUGGUUUUAUUUCAUUGGCAAAACAAACACUGGUACAAAUAGAAGUAGAUUGUACAUCAUUCAAUUCAACCCGUUCAUGUGAUCCCAAUCGAGUACUUUGUAACGGCCACAUUCAUAACUACAAUACCAUAGAGUCAUUUAAGCAAUGUAACAAAAAGACUUUGUUAAAGGAACAGGCUGUACAGUUUUAUCAUCAUCUGAUGCAACAGAAAUGUAUAAACAAUAGCACAGAUUUGCUGCAGUUUUUCAUGAUCUCAUUUUCUGAUUUAAAAUCAUAUAAAUUUUAUUAUUGGUUUGCAUUUCCGGUCCCUUCGGAUCUUAUGUACCUUUGUGAGACAAUACAUGCAUUACCAAAAUCAAUGGAGGAUCACUUGAGCUCUUGUAUUGAAAGGCGUUGGAAUUUGUCAAGCUUGCACCGUGAACCUAGUGAACUAUUUUUCAUCUACCAUCGAUAUAUAGACAUUAGAUUGCUCUCGGAACAUGUGUGCCACAACAACAUCAAAGCUAAUUUUUGCGAUGUGCAUCUGGAGGAUAUUUCUUUUUGUUUUUAUGAUCCUGCCAACAAUGGUUGUGACAACAUAACAGUGAGCUGGCAUGUUAGGCAACUCCUAGUGUAUAUCACACUUACUUGUCCAAAUCUCUCUGAGAAAAUAAUCAGCUUAAUAAAAAUAAGCAAAAAUACUAUUGGAGAAUUCCAGUUUUCCGAUAUAAAGAUUAAAGUUCCACAGCAUAUAGAAAAUAUCAACCAAAUUGAUAACUGGGUAGGAUGGGAAGUGAACGAAGACCAUCGAUAUCUACCGCGCUUUGUUUCAUUAGCUGAAAGCAUGUCCCCAAAGUGUUUAGCGGAAAAUGCGAUUAAUUUGAAUCUUAAACUUAUGAAGUGGAGGCUUGUCCCUGAACUCGACCUAACUUCGAUCCAAAGAACGAGGUGCCUUUUAUUAGGUGCUGGUACACUUGGAUGCAAUGUUGCAAGGUCUUUGAUGGCAUGGGGUGUGACCACAAUAACUUUUGUCGAUUGUGGUCAAGUAUCUAUGUCAAAUCCAGUUCGGCAAAGUUUAUACCGUUACGAAGACGCAUUAAAUGGAGGAAAGCCAAAGGCUUCAACAGCCGCUGCGCGACUGCGAGAAAUUAAUCCUGCAAUUAACACACACGGAGAGGAUAUACGAAUUCCGAUGCCUGGACACUCCGUCACUGAUACCGCAGCAGUUGAUGAAACAAAAUCUUGUUUAGCUAAACUUAUAACUCUUAUUGAGAAACAUGAUGUCGUUUUUUUAUUGACUGACUCGAGAGAAAGCCGCUGGCUUCCUACGAUGCUUGCUGCAUUUUACGGAAAGCUAGCCAUUAAUGCAGCACUCGGUUUUGAUUCCUUUAUGGUAAUUCGUCAUGGUUAUCGUUCUUCAGACGAUUCCACUGAUUGCAAAACUGAUGUGGUAGAAAAUGGAUUCAAACGAGUUGAUGGCGCCAACCUUGGUUGUUACUUCUGUAACGAUAUUAUUGCACCUGGAAACUCGUUAAAGGACCGUACGUUAGACCAACAGUGUACAGUUACGCGACCAGCUGUUUCAAAUACAGCAGCUGGGCUAGCCGUAGAAUUGAUGGUGUCUCUUAUACAGCAUCCGCUAGGCUUUUCCGCUCCGGCAUAUUAUCGAACACCGAGAAGUGACCCCAAUAAAAUAGGACAAGAGCCAGAAGGAAUGUUGGGUGUUCUACCACAUUCCAUACGCGGGAAUAUUGCGGCACAGCAGUAUAUGUUGACUGCUACCGAACGCUACAAAAACUGUGUUGCUUGCUCUACGAUUGUGCUCGAUCAUUAUGCAUCAAAACAAGAAGCCUUCAUUAUUGAUGUAUUAAAUGCGCAUAAAACUCUCGAUGAAAUAGUAGGAAUUGAUUAUUCGAAAGCUGUUACAGAAAACGAGGAAAAUCAAAAGGACCCUAUCGAAUUCGAGAGUGAUUUUUCUGAUGACUCCUAGUCUUCGAAUUGCGAUGAUAUGUCGUGAUAUAAUAAAAUAGCAUAACACGUAUCUGUUACAAAAGUUUCACUGGAUCGCUUCUCGUUACCGCUUAAAAUUUAUCAAGUAUUCUACUCGUGUACUCAGCAUUUACCAUGGACCACCUCUUCAAAGAAGAAAGUAAAAAAAAUUUCAAUAAUUUCAAAAACAUUCGGUCCAAACCGUUUUGAUUGUAUGUGUAUAUGUGUAUGCCUAGAUGAUUGUAUAGUGGUAACAUCGUUUGCCUACGAACAUCGUUGUGGAAAUAAAAACAAACGUUCAUUAUGUUUACUUGAUUGUCAGAUUGUA